AGUUGCUGCAUGUGGGAUCUAGUUCCUUGAUCAGGAGUCCGACCUGCAGCCCCUGCAUUGGAAAUGUGCAUUCUUGACCACUGGACCACCAGGGAAGUCCUGAGAGAAGAUUUUAGACAGUGUGUUCAGGGAAUGCACCUCUCAGCCACCUGAGAUCUAAAUGAAGAGAGAAAGAAAGUCAUGGAAGCUCCAGGAGAUGUGUGAUCCAGGCUCUUUCCCCGGUUUACAAGACAAAGACAUUCCUAUGUUUGGGGACACGGAUCCCAUCUGCAGGGCCCACAGAUGGCUCAGUGGUACAGAAUCUGCCUGUCAAUGCAGGAGAAGCAGGAGACACAGGUUUGAUCCCUGAAUCAGGAAGAUCCCCAGGAGGAAGAAAUGGCAACCCAUUCCAGUAUGCUUGCCUGGAAAAUUGCAUGCACAGAGGAGCCUGAUGGCCAGCUGGUUCGGUCAAAAAGAGUUGGACAUGACUGAGCGACUGAGCAUGCACACACAAUGCCAUGUAGAUCACAGCCAUUAAUGCAACAAUCCCCUGGCUGCCUUUUCAGAAGCCUCUGACAAGAACCAAACCUCUCCAGUCUGAGCCUGGAAUGCUGACCUAUGAUAUAAGAGGAAGUUGGGACUGAUUGUUAAAUAUCUGAAAGCAAGAGAAAGAGGAAGCAAUGAGAAACCAAAGCACCCUCUGUGUCGCAGUCACAGGACCAUUUACUCUGGCAGGCCACAUGGACCACAGCCAAAUUGCUGCUUUCCUCCCUGUGACGCAGGGAGCUAAGGUUCCAAUUAAAUCUUUGUGGAUAAAGGGCACACGUGGCCUCUUCAGAUAACCUGUGGCAAUAAAUCCUCCAGAAGGCACACUUUAUGAGAAAAGUCCGUGCUGAACUGUUAACAGCUGGCAAUACCUCACUGAGUACCUGAUACCAGGUGAACUCUAAGAAUUUCUCCCUUCUUUCUGCAAAGAUCUGUAACUAUAACAGGAUCCUCCCUGAGAACCUGGUGGAGAAGUUGCCCUGGCCCAGCCCUCAGCAUGCUCAGGACAGUCUUGGAUGCUCCUCAGCGGUUACUGAAGAAGGGGAGAGAAUCCCGGAAGCUGGUGCUGCUGGUGGUGUUUGUUGCUCUGCUCCUGGACAACAUGCUGCUCACUGUGGUGGUGCCCAUUGUGCCCACCUACCUCUAUGCCAUAGAGUUCAAAGACACCAACGGUUCUCGGUACCUCGGCUCUGCCACAACUACCCAGCCUGCCCUCACUCCUGCCUUUUCCACCAUCUUCUCCUUCUUUGAAAACAACACCGUGGCUAUUGAAGAGAGUGUGCCCAGUGGCAUAGCAAGGACAAGUGGCAUUUCUGGCACCAUCUCCCCUCCAGUCACUGAAGCCAUCCCAGCACAUGGAAGCAACUGCUUUCAAGCCACAGAAUUCCUGAAGGAAGAGAACAUAUGGGUCGGGGUUCUAUUUGCUUCCAAGGCUCUGAUGCAACUUCUGGUCAACCCCUUCGUGGGCCCUCUUACCAACAGGAUUGGAUAUCACAUCCCCAUGUUUGCUGGCUUUGUUAUCAUGUUUAUCUCCACAGUUAUGUUUGCCUUUUCUGGUACCUAUACUCUGCUUUUUGUGGCCCGAACUCUUCAAGGCAUUGGAUCUUCAUUUUCAUCGGUUGCAGGUCUUGGGAUGCUGGCCUGUGUCUACACUGAUGACCACGAGAGAGGGCGGGCCAUGGGAAUUGCCUUGGGGGGCCUGGCCUUGGGAGUGCUGGUAGGGGCUCCCUUUGGAAGUGUGACAUAUGUGUUUUUGGGGAAGACUGUACCCUUCCUCAUCUUGGCCUUCCUGGCUCUUCUGGAUGGAGCACUCCAACUCUGCAUCCUACAGCCUUCUAAAGUCUCUCCUGAGAGUGCCAAGGGGACUCCACUCCUCACGCUUCUCAGAGACCCUUAUAUCCUGGUGGCUGCAGGCUCCAUCUGCCUUGCCAACAUGGGGGUGGCCAUGCUGGAGCCCACACUGCCUAUCUGGAUGCUGCAGACUAUGUGUGCUCCUGAGUGGCAGCUAGGUCUAGCCUUCUUGCCCGCCAGCGUGUCCUACCUCAUUGGCACCAGCCUCUUUGGUGUGCUGGCCAACAAGAUGGGUCGGUGGCUAUGCUCCCUGAUUGGGAUGUUGGUAGUAGGUACCAGCUUACUUUGUGUUCCUCUGGCUCAUGAUAUUUUUGGUCUCAUUGGCCCCAAUGCAGGGCUUGGCAUUUCCAUAGGCAUGGUGGAUUCUUCUAUGAUGCCCAUCAUGGGACACUUGGUGGACCUGCGCCAUGCCCCGGUCUAUGGCAGUGUCUAUGCCAUCGCUGAUGUGGCUUUUUGCAUGGGCUUUGCAGUAGGUCCAUCCACCGGGGGUGCCAUUGUGCGGGCCAUUGGCUUCCCCUGGCUCAUGGUCAUCAUUGGGGUCACUGACAUCAUCUACGCUCCUCUCUGCUACUACUUGAGGAGCCCCCCUGCCAAGGAGGAGAAGCUUGCAGUUCUGAGCCAGGACUGCCCCAUGGAGACCCGGAUGUAUGCAGCCGAGAAGCACACAAGGCAGUUUCCUCUGGGGGAGGACAGCGAUGAGGAGCCUGGCUGUGAGGAGUAGCUGCAGAAACAGGCCCCUGGACCUUGUCGCAUGAGCCUCAGACUUCAGUGACCACUUUGUUCCUGGACCUAGAUCACCAUGGACUGUUCAAUAAGCUUCACAUCUGUCUCCCCUGGUGUCUCCUUUCCUCCCCUCCCAUGGGUGCUGUCCCCAGGUUCUCUCCUCUCCUGUGUCAUUCACAGCUCUCCCUCUAAGCUUUGAUGCCUCAGCUGGCCCACCUUUGGUGGGAGGACAGAAUGCUGUUUCUUCCUCGGCUUCUGUAAGGCUGUGAUGGGUUCUGCGAGGAGUGACUCAUUUCAUGGAGGCGGCAGUGAGCAUUGUGUUCCCUGAAACCAGCGGGGUGGCUGACAAACCUCAUUUCAUCUGUUAUCUGAUUUUCUCUGGCAACUUCCCAACAGUCUAUAAGAGUUUUGUUAUCUGUUCCUCGAUGUAGUCUUCCCUGAGUUUCCCUAGAUGAGUUAAAGUGUCCUCAACCCUGUA